UGCAAGCAAGUACGCCUACUAACCAGCACGCAUGGCCCAUGGACUCUUCCACGCCUAUCCGCCCCCAUCGAGAGCCUGCCUCCUCGAAUGGCUCGCUGAAAACCUUGUCUAUACCUCCCCAUCUCUCACUAUCCAGCCCAUGAGCUCAUCAUCCGGCUACAGGAUUGUUGCAGAAAGAGACAUCGAAAUUGGCGAACUGCUGCUAUCUUUACCAAAGCACUCUAUCCUGUCGCACCAGACAGCCUCUCUCUCAGCUAUUACUCAUUUAUCCUCAGCCUCGCAUACCAUCCUGAAUCUUUCUCUUUGCCUACUCCAUGAGAUACGCCUGAGCGUCAAUUCCAAGUUCUAUGGCUAUUUACAAAGCCUUCCACGGGACAUGGGAGCAGGUCUCCCCCUUUUCUGGCAGACAGGAGAGGGUGUCGAAGUCGAAGAUGGGGAGAGAGGAUUACAAUGGCUGAAAAGCACCGAGGCCGAAAAGGAAUUACGCAAAUCCGAAAGACAAGGUCUCUCACUGUCCGACGUUUAUGCUUUCUAUCUGCGCACGUCACACCUCCUUCCCCCCACCCCAACUGACCCAUUGCCAUCCCCCUUCCUAGCAUUUGUUCAUGCCUAUACCCUUAUCUCCACUCGUGCAUUUCUAAUCGAUCUGUAUCAUCUCACUGCAUUAUGCCCCUUUGCGGAUUUGUUAAAUCACUCUGCUGUCCCCCAUACAUGUCUGGCUUCUGACGACUUCGUUUGUUAUAUUUGCGGGUCGUUAAACGUCUGCGAGCAUGACUUAUCCCGUCCGGAUGGGCUAGAUGAGAAUGGAACACCUCGAAGACUGGCGCAUUUGUCACAAAUGGAGAUAGCACGGCUGAAAAACGAAAAUGACAACAUCGAAAUGCGUCUAGAAAGGCCAGUGAGAAAAGGUGAAGAGGUGUUUAAUACAUAUGGAGAUGUUGGCGACGGACGUUUGCUUGCAGAAUAUGGUUUCAUCGGAGAAGAGUUUGCCGACAAGGGCCUUACCUGGGAAAUGGAGGACAUUUUCCCCAAUUCUCGCGAACUUCAUUUCAAUAUCACUGGGCAAGGUUGGGUGGACCUUUGCAAGCAACUUUCAUCAGUCACAUGCCAUGGUGACGGAUUGAGUAAUUGGACUGAAGGCUUCGGAGACGUCGACGACGGUCUGCUAUGCCCGCAAGAACCCAGCGAUCCAGGCUUACUAAAUCUUGAUCAGUCUGCUAGGCUUUCAAUCGUCAUGUUUGCACUCUGUCAUCUGCGUGUCGACCAGGGCGCCAUACCGUCCGACGAACAUCUCAUCAUCGAGUAUUUUCAGUAUGUUACGGCUGGCGUAGUACCAGAGCUGGCACGGAGCUGGACCGAAUUGCAACAAACGGGCGUAAUAAAAACUUAUCAACCGUCAACUACGACCAUACGGACGGCGAGGUUUGUCUAUCAGCUGCUUCAGUCUAGAUUGAAUGCUAUGUACAAACCACAGCUAUCGCAGGCAGAACUCUUAGAUUUUCGCGACUCUUUGGACCCCAUCAAGGAUAAACGUCAGAUCUUGGGGUUGACUCUAGCAAUCAACGAGCGAGGGCUAUUGCAGUCGGCAUCGAAUAAAUGGCUACAGUUUCUGUCUGCAUUUGAGGAGCAGUAGACGUCACGACACAUUGGCGAAUGGCACGCGAUUGACAAUGAUGUGCUUUUCCUUGUUGGAGCGUAAAACUAUGAUGAUCCUACAUGCACACACAUGAUGAUCCCUUCAAAAACAAUCGUCGUCGCUAUCGUCAUUUCGAAACCGCCAACCACGAUGAUAGGUGCUAUAACAGCGAUUAGUUGAUUGCGGCUAGGGAAUGGUUUGCAACUCACCUAGUAUCUCGCGAUCUCCUCAUACCCGCAAUGCUGGCCAUAUUGAGGCUUGGGAAUGCUUUCAGCUGUGAUAAUGAACACCACAUCCUUGGACUUACUAUCCCAUUGAAUCGUACGAUGGUUCAUUCAUCUUGCUUUUGCCUUUUCCGCCAGUAGUGCCAGUAGGCCAUUCAUUUCGACACCAAACACACAUACAAUAAAAAACUUGGAUAUACGUACAGCGGUUACCGCCCACAUCCUGAAACAUUCAGCGUGUAAGGCUGCAAAUUCAAAGUUGGCCAAUCAUCCCGUAAAGCCAGAAAAAAAAACCUACGACGGCCACAUCCACUAAGGGAAUCGUCAUAAACCAGUUUUUCGUUGACAUCAUCCUGUUGAGUCAUUUCCUCGUAGCAUCUAUAUACAACAGGUCAAAAUUUCGUUUUUCACCAAGCAAAUAUCACAUACACCGGGCAAUCUUCCCCAAUCGCUUUGAUUCUUUUCCCAUCAAAGUGUUCAUUGUCACCGGAUGUUGAAGUAACUUGCUCAGAGGGGCAUGUCGAAAAACCCACUGAACCUCGGCAGCCUGUUUAAUGCGUUAGCACCAUUUCGAGACAUGCAAGUCAGAAACUGACUGUCAGGCCCUUUUGAUACCAGAUACUAGAAUCUUCGGGCACUUUGAGUACUUUGAGGCUA